AUGGUGUGGAACGUCUUCAUCGCAGCGUACAAUCUGGCCGGCUCCAUCCUGCUUUUCCAAAAGGGGCAGUUCCUCUUCUUCAACUACCCCGAGUGGCAGAUUUACGGCGGUAUCGGCAUGGCAGUCAUGGCGAUCUGCAUCAUCACCACCAUCGGCAUGGCCAACAACUCGUACAUGUUCAUGCGCCUCUGCUUCUUCCUCUGGCCCAUCAUCCUACUGGUCGUCGCCGUUCGAGCUGCUUUCAUGAUGUUUCAGCUCGAUAGACAGCAAACCAAGAUCGUGUGGGAAUGCAACAACGGUGGUCAGCUGUGGGGGACAGCGGGCGAGCAAGGUACAAACAACGGCACGAUGCCUUCAGGGCUGUGCUCAGCCGGCUUCCAUAGUCUCUACAUCGCCUUUGUCUUCUCGCUCGCCAUCGACUUGGCGUUGCAGCUGUACGCAUACUUCAUGUGCUGGCGCUUCAAGAAGAGGAUCGAGCACUACUACGCUCUCGCCACCAAGGAGAACAAUAUCUACAGCUUCUAA